GUAUAAACAAAGCGAGGUGGUAUUCUUGAGAUGAGCACGGAAUGUUCAAUGAUUGGAAUGACUUGAGAUCGAUUCAAGAAUUGAAAAGGCCAGCACAGGAUCAACCAAGAACAUGCGCUCACAGGCUUUGAAGACAUUGAGUCCCUCUCUCGGCACCUUCACUGUUGGACUAAGCAGAGGAGCAUCGCUCAAGAUUACUCGACCGCAAGCAUUCCUACCACUGACCACCAUCUCACCACCAUCUCAUCGCAAAAUGUCAACUACCAAAGACUGGAAUGCUACUCAAUACCUCAAAUUUGACCGUGAACGAACCCGCCCAUCACGAGAUCUCCUGGCCCAAGUCCCGCCACUUCCCACCACCCCAGGCAGACCAGCACACAUCGUCGAUCUGGGCUGUGGCCCAGGAAACUCCACCGCCGUCAUAGUAGAACAAUAUCCUGACGCCAAAAUCACUGGAAUGGACUCCUCUCCCGAUAUGAUCGCCAAAGCCAAACUCGCCCUGCCCGCCCAUGAAUUCAUUCUCAGUGAUCUUCAAACCUACCAGCCACCACCCUCACAACCAAUCGAUCUCUUCUUCUCCAACGCCGUCUUUCAAUGGCUUCCGCACUCAGACCGUUUCCCCAUCAUCACACGCCUUCUUCAAACCCAAUCUCCCGGCGGAGUAUUCGCGUUCCAAGUCCCCGACAACUUCACCGAACCAUCUCACGCCGUGAUGCGCGAAAUCGCCGCUCAAGGCCCAUGGGCGGCAAAAUUGGAAGCACUUCGUCCAGCGCUAGAUAAGCUUCAAUCCCCACAGGAAAUCUACGAUGAGUUAGCUCCAAUGUGUUCGAGUGUGGAUAUUUGGCAUACGUAUUAUCAGCAUGUGCUGGAAAGUCAUGAGGCGAUCGUCGAGUGGGUGAAGGGAACGGGGUUAAGACCGUUUAUUGAUCCUCUUGAUGAAGGGCAGAGAGAAGAGUUUUUGAAGAGGUAUUUGGAGAAGUUGAGGGGGUUGUAUCCUGUGAGUACUGAUGGGAGGGUUUUGUUGAGAUAUCCGAGAUUAUUUGUUGUGGCGGUGAGGAAGUAGAUGGGUAGAUAUCUAGGGAGGAGUGCGUCUAUAGGGCUUUGAAGACAUUUAUGCUAGCUAGUCGAUGGUAGAGUUCUACGUAUAUCACCCUUACUGUCUUG